CAAUCGGCUUCACACGAGCGCUAUUUGAAUGCCGCUAGCGUGUGUUGUAUCUGCCGCGAGUGUCUGAUAAACAAACCGCUGACUCGCGGAUCCCGGCCAGAGUUUUUGUCUCGUAGUUUCGCGCCGGGAUGUCGUCUGUGGAAAUUGUUGCGCAGCAGCUCCUGGCCGCAGAGCACCCUCGGAGGAUGGGGAAAGGAGCUGCAGCGGAUCCCAGGAGAGCUGCUUUGGGAGAACUGACCAACUUGAACGCAGCUGCAGCCACCAACGGGACGGGUGCGGCUGCCUCAGCUCCCGUCUUAGCUAAACCCAGCGUGAAGGAGGAGCAGGAGCUCUGCCAGGCUUUCUCGGAGGUGCUGCUCGCUGUGCAGGACGUGGACGAGCAGGAUGCAGACCAGCCUCAGUUAUGCUCCCAAUAUGUCAAGGACAUCUACAAGUAUCUGCACAUCCUGGAGGAGCAGCAGCCUGUGCGUGCCAACUACAUGCAAGGCUACGAAGUCACUGAGCGCAUGAGGGCACUCCUCGUUGACUGGCUUGUCCAAGUCCACUCCAGGUUCCAGCUGCUGCAGGAGACCCUGUACCUCACUGUGGCCAUCCUGGACCGCUUCCUGCAGGUCCACCCGGUGAGCCGUCGGAAGCUGCAGCUCGUCGGCGUCACAGCCAUGCUGGUGGCCUGCAAGUAUGAGGAGAUGUACGCUCCUGAAGUGGGGGACUUUGCCUACAUCACAGACAACGCCUUCACAAAAUCUCAGAUUGUGGAGAUGGAGCAAGUGAUCCUCAGGAGCCUCAGCUUCCAGCUGGGCCGCCCCCUCCCGCUCCACUUCCUCAGGCGAGCCACCAAAGUUGCCGGCGCUGACGUGGAGAAGCACACUCUGGCAAAGUACCUGAUGGAGCUGACCCUCCUGGACUACCACAUGGUGCAUUACCGGCCCUCUGAGGUUGCUGCUGCAGCGCUGUGUCUGUCUCAGCUGCUGCUCGAUGGGCUGCCAUGGUCGCUCACACAGCAGCAGUAUUCCACCUACGAAGAGCAGCAUCUAAAACCCAUCAUGCAGCACAUGGCCAAGAACGUGGUGCUGGUGAACGAGGGCAGAACAAAGUUCCUGGCGGUGAAGAAGAAGUACUCCAGCAGCAAACUGAUGAAGAUCAGCCUCAUUCCUCAGCUCAACUCUUCAACAGUCAAGACCAUGGCGGAUGCUCUGCACAAUCCCUGAAACACAUUCUUAAUGCUCUGGACUUUUAAUUUGCACUUUAUUUAAUUUUUUUAAGACCCUAAAGGGAGGACUUGUCUGCCAUUUUAUGAGCAGGAGAAAGUGCUUCAAACAUGUCACAAUUGUGUGGCGCAAAGGAAGCUACAGAUGUUCAACUGUCGUAUUUUAAUAAAAUCUGAGUUUUAACAGUAUCUUCCACUCUACUGGUGACCUCAAUUCUGGAUUUUUAAACUUGAGUGGAUCUUUGUGUAGUAGACUGAUCAGUGCUGCACAGUAAUUUAUUUUUUUUUUAAUUUUUUUUUCUACUUAAAUCUUUGGGUUAGUUUUUAGGGAGCAGCUGAAUAACCAGGAAACUCCACAGGUACUGAUUAUGUCCAGUGUCAAAAUGACACCAUCCCUGUAACAUGGUCCAGACAAUCUGUCAGAAUCCAGCUGCUGGAAAUCUAUCAACACGAACUCACAACAUCGCCAUGUUCUGCAG